CUAACGCAUCCAGGCACUUUUGCAGAGCCGCUCACCGAGUACUUGACCUUGACCAACACCACCCCUGAGCCCUUGGCGUUCAAAGUCAAGACCACCGCUCCCAAGUUGUACUGUGUCAGACCCAAUGCCAACAUCGUGGCCCCCGGCGAGAGCAUGAAAAUCUCCGUCAUCUUGCAAGGUUACACGACGCCUUUGCCCAAGGACUUCAAGUGCAAGGACAAGUUCUUGAUUGUGUCCUGCCCCUGCCCCGGGUUCGAGGACGCCUCCAAGGUCGCGGAGAACUGGGCAGCGUUGUACCAGGAGCAUGGCCAACAGGGCGUGCAGAAGAAGUUGAGGGUCAACUUCAUCAUCGAGGAGGACGUGAGGGACGAC